AUGCAUCACCAAUCAUUAGACACAACUGCGAUAUCCAAACAAACUUUACAUAAUAAUAAUCAUAAUAAUGAAGAUUCGAUUGAACUUAUUGGUACAGCUAAAACACUGCAACGAGCGAUGUCAGUUUGUAAAUUGAGUGAAAUGUUAGAUUGUAUUAAAGAUAUGAAAACAUAUGCAAGAACUAUCGAAAAAGAUUUACCAGAUUAUUUACAUACAAUUCAUAUUGAUAAUAAAACUGAAAUGAAUAUAACAGAAUUUAAAAUUGAUGAUUUUCUUCAAUUAGCUAAACAACGUUUCGAUAAUAAUAAUAAUCAGUAUAUUCUUCUCAAUGAUUUAAUCGAACAAAAACUAAAAUCAAAUGAAUCUCAAUUACAACAUAAUCAGGAAAAAUCUUUAGUAGACAAACAAGUUGAAUAUAUGAAACAUGUAAUUGCUGCACAGCCAUCAGCUCUUGAAGCGAUUUAUUUAGAAGCAUUACUCAAUCCAGAUCAAUGGCAAUAUAAUCAUCAUCUUCUUCAAACAUCGCCUAUAGAUAUUUUAACAUCAAGUGAACGCAAACGAUUAGAUGAAAUUUUGAAUAAAACUUAUGAUUAUAAAUCAUAG